AUGUCUACUCACUCCUCUCUUAUGAGUGCUGCGGCAAUGGGAGAGUCAUUAAGAGUAUUGGAUAUGAUCAGGAAUGAUAGAUCUUUGGAUGUGAAUCAGGUCGAUUCAAAAGGUUAUACACCAUUGCAUCUGGCAUGUUCAUUGGGUCACUUCGAUGUGGUUCACGUAUUGAUCAAUGAGGGCAAUGCAAGAUUCGACCAAGCUGAUCGAAAGGACUGCACUGCAUUGUUCAAGGCGGCACAGGCCGGACAACCUGGCAUUGUUGAGUUGCUCAUCAAGAAGGGCGCUCAGAUCAACAAGCAGGACGAUGAUCAUGCCACACCAUUGUUUGCCGCCUGCGAGGCUGCUUGCAAUACCUCCACCGCCAGAGAUGGUGUGUCAAGAGGCGCUGGCAAUGCGUCAUCCAUCUACACCGACAUCGUGUCGCUGUUGCUCAAGGCCAAUGCCAAUGUAUCGAUUCGAAACAAGUCUGGCAAGACAUCAUUGAUGAUGGCAGUACGUUCAAAACAUCUUCAGUUGGUAAAGCUACUUCUAGAUGCAGGUGCAGUCGUUGACGAUCGUGAUACACUAGGUAUAUCAGUGAUGGAUUAUUCAGAGGGUGACAAGGACAUCCAAGCAAUACUGCUCGGUAAGCCACUGCCUAGUGUUGUCUCUGGAAUCAACACUACAACAACAUCAUCUGCGUCCACUACUUCUGCCAGGCCCACCAACUGUACCAAAUGUUCUGCAUCACUUGGCUCUUCGGCCAAGUUCUGCUCCAAGUGUGGAACACGUGUC